AUGAUAAAUAAUGUAGUGGUAGUGAUAAUACGACAAUUUCCUAAUCUUAAAAUUUUUGAUUCAAUUUCAACUAAGAAGCGUGCAUAUGUCACAAAGAAGUUAGAUUAUGAAAACCUGGAUGAUCAUAUUUGGUCAGAUAAGGAUAUUGAUGAGAGAGCUUCUGAUUACUUUGCUGUGUUAUUAAUAGCUGGUAAAAAUAAGGAUGUCUGGGAACCUUCGGGUAGACCUUCAACUUAUGUUAGAGGUUCUAAAAGAACUUUAAGACAAAAAAAGGCAGAAUUAAAGAAGGCCGCACAAAAUACUCAAUCUAUCACUGCCUACUUUGCCCUACCUUGA